AUGGCCCAAGCAAGAGACCCUUCUUCAACAAUAAUUUACCCUAAAUGGUUUGGGGGUUCUGCGUCAUGCAUGGCUGUGCUUGUUUCUCACCCUCUGGACUUGAUCAAGGUGAGAAUGCAGAUGGAUUCUAGAGUGGCGAAAGCCGGUACUAUUACGACUUGCAUUCGAAUUUUUCGAGGAGAGGGAAUAAUUGCACUAUAUGAAGGGCUCUCAGCAGGAUUUAUGAGACAAUCACUGAUUCCUUCAAUAGUAACAUAUGGUUCAGUCCGUAUUGGGCUCUACGAAACAUUGAAAGAGCAAACCCAGGCAAAUAACAUUCAAAACUCCCCACCAGUUCGUGGCCUACUAGCAGGAAUAUCCGGAUUUAUUGGCGCAAUAUUCGGCAACGCCUCAGAUAUUGGUAACGUCCGUAUGCAGAACGAUGGCGCACUACCUGCCCAUCUUCGGCGCAAUUAUGGACACGUCUUCGAUGCGUGGGCCCAGAUCAAACGACAAGAAGGAUGGAAAGCUUUCGGACAGGGAUUGUGGCCUAACGCUUUUCGCUGUGGCUUGAUGACUAGCUGCCAGCUUGCUUCGUAUGAUAGUUUCAGGGAUCUGUUAGCUGUAAGCACGGGAAUCUCGCACGACCAUCCCGGGCUGCAUGUAUUGGCUUCAUUUAUGGCAGCAUUGGUUGCUACCACAUUGUGCAGUCCGAUCGAUGUUAUCAAGACUCAAUUGAUGGGGUCUUCAGGCAAAUAUGGGAUUUUGCAAGUGAUCAAGGAUCUCACCGCGACUGAGGGAAUCAGAUGGAUCUUUCGAGGGUGGACACCUAGUUUUGUUCGGCUGGGACCACAGACUAUGGUAACAUUGGUUCUUUUGGAGCAGCAUAAGCGGGUGUUCAGGGGAUUUAAAGACGCAAAUGUCUAA